AUGGAGCUUUCAAAACAGCAAAUUAGGCCAAUUUUGUUGUAUGAGUUUAAAAGUGGCACGAAUGCGUCUCAAACCCAUCGAAAUUUAUGUGAAGUUUUUGGACAAGAUGUGAUUAUCGUUAGGUCAUGCCAAGUUUGGUUUGAAAAAUUUCGAAAUGCUGAUUUUAACCUGGAGGAUGAGCCCAGGUCCGGAAGGCCUUCGGUCAUCGACAAAGCGCGCUUGCGAAACAGAGUCAAAGAAACCCUGGAUAUUACCACUCGCGAGCUCGAGGCAGAAUUCGGAGUAUCUCACGGAACCAUCAUCAACAGCCUCCACCAACUUGGCUUUGUGUCAAAAUUGAACAAGUGGGUACCGCAUGCAUUGAGCGAGAGGAAUAAGCUUGAUCGCAUCUCCAAGUGCGUUACACUACUCAACCGACAUCGCAACGAACCUUUUCUUGAUCGAUUAAUUACGUGCGACGAAAAAUGGAUCUUUUAUGAUAAUGUGGUACGAAAACGAAGUUGGUGUGAGUCCGGAAGUUCAGCUCAGAGGACUCCAAAGCGGAAUAUCCACGGGCAGAAGAUCAUGUUAAGUGUGUGGUGGGAUGUGCGCGGAAUUGUCUACUAUGAGCUCCUACCAAGAAAUCAAACUAUCAAUACGGACCUCUACUGUCAGCAAUUGGAAAGAGUUUAG